UUGUCUUGUUUUCAGUAUUUACGUGUGGUACGUUCUCGGCUUGGACGCUUUCCGGUCGUGUUUGAACGAGUGGUUCGUGUGUUCGGCAAAUCGGUCUCUCCGACUGCCUAUUCUUUUAUCACAUAUAUUCAGGUUAAUCUGAUGGGCAAUGUCAAACUCGCUGUUUCUCGUGAUUUUCGGAUCAAUCAAGCUACGGUUCAAGCACAACUCGAACGUUCUGCGUCGCUUAGUGUCAGUUCCGAUAGCGAGGCAGCAGAAGACGAGGUUUUGCAGACUGAUGACGGAGCUCAGGAACCCAUACCCUCACCGAUCCUUCCUCACUCACCGCAUACUGGUGUGGAUGUGGAUGAGGCAAAUGAUGAUGAUGAUUCCGAUAAUUUGCAUAGUGUAUUGAAAUCGGAAAAUCCUGUUGAUCUUGGCAAACCGGUUGACUCAGAAAACCUCGCACCCCAUCCUUCAUCCGCUUCUACGCAAGCUCAGACACCGGCGUGGGGACGUGCCCUCCAUCCAGAUGCCACUCGACGUUCUUUGUUGAAAAGACCGACCAGUAUCCCCACACAUAAUGUGGUGAUCAAUAAAUCUAGACGUCUGGGACCCCGAAACUAA